AUGGAUACCAAAUAUGAAAGUGCACUUCUCCUUGACGAAGAACCGGAAUUGUUCAGUAUCCAAGCUAAGGCUGGAAACACCAGAAAGUCCCGCUGUAACCUCUGUGGAGUCCUCCUAGCUAUCUCGUUGGCUCUGAAUAUAUUUCAAGGAAUCGGCGUCCUUGACUUUACGAACAUUUCAACAGGACAAGCUAACGACCUGCGAACUAAAUAUAGUUAGAUGUAGUCUUACUGUAUCACGAAAUGAAAGGCUUGCUGACAUCGCCAUAGCUGGCUUGAAACAAGACGAAAUCCAACAUUUAUGGACUCACGAGGACCCUUACACCAGCCAGAACGCAACUGAGCGGCAUCAGAAUUGGGACUCUAUUAACAUCGACAGAGGCCUCAUCGCUCUACCAACCCUAUUUGCUAGCGAAAAAGGAAUUCCAAUUGGGUCCACAUUUCCAUGGAAUCACAACAAGAGUCUCUAUCUCAUCAAUGCGUACCAUGGUUUGCACUGCUUGGUAGGUAAAAAAGAUCCCAGAAAGAGUAUUUAUUAUAUACUGAUCCUUGCCGUAGAAGAAUAUAUACCAGGCAUUCAUGGAAUACCAAGAAGGCCGCCCCCAGUCCUUCGAAGGAGGGCAUAUAAUUCACUGUCUCGAUCAGCUUCGUCUUGAUAUUCUCUGCAACGCAGAUGAUACCCCACGGACCACAACUCCAGAUAUGACGCCUGUUACUGCGAAAGGUCAAAUUCGCUCCUGCAGGAACUGGGACGCGUUGGUGAAAUGGGUUGAUAGUUACCCAUCUUGUUAUCGAUAUGGCAAUGCUAAAGUGGACGAUCUGAAACCUUCCCAGCUUUCGAGGAUGCGAUUUUGCCCCGAGGGAAGUGAGGAGCUUCAGAAAGUCAGAACCUAUUUUGGAGAGGGUCAAGAUUGGAAGCCUGCCGACGAGAAGAAGUGGAGCUGGCUUGAUGAGAUGUGA